AAGGGCUGUGGGAUCGUGUACUGCCGAACCAGAGAUGGUUGUGCAGAGGUAGCGGCCAGACUGACCAAGAAGGGUCUCCUGUCCAAGGCGUACCAUGCAGGACUGAAGGACAGUACCAGGGAGGAGGUACAGACUGACUGGAUGGAGGGCAAGGUUCCUGUCAUCGUCGCCACCAUCAGUUUUGGGAUGGGAGUGGACAAGGCAACUGUCAGGUUUGUUGCCCACUGGAACAUCCCUAAGUCCAUGGCAGGGUACUACCAGGAGUCUGGGCGUGCAGGGAGAGACGGGAAACAGGCCUACUGUAGACUGUACUACUCCCGCCAUGAGAGGGACCAGGUCUGCUUUCUCAUUAAGCAGGACAUCGCCAGGCCAAACAAGGCCAAUGGACCCAAAGGAGUGCUGGGUCCAAAUGCCAAGUCUGCAAUGGCCAGUUUUGAAACCCUUGUCAAGUACUGUGAAGAGCCCAAGUGUCGUCAUGCAGUGAUAGCAGCAUUCUUUGGUGACAGCAAACCUAAGUGUGAAAAAGCCUGUGACUUCUGUAAAAAUCCCAAAAAGGUGUAUAAGGAGUUAGAGCAGCAUCAGCUGAACCCAGUCAGUGCCAACAGGAGAGGAGGGUCUGGUUCAACAUUCAUCGCUGAGGAGGGCGGGGACGAGGAUCUGUAUGGGGGAGGCCGGCGCGGGGCCAAAAGAGACACUGAUGACUACUUUAAUGAUGAUGCUGACAGUGACAGAGGAGACGGUCAGGAGUCCUCAGGGUUUGCCAGGCUGGUAAAGGAAGAAUUUAUGAAGAGGAGAGGGGGGAAAGGUUCUAACACCCCAACCCAGGAGGAGUUUGUCCCCCCAGACCCUGACUGUCCCCUGAGGGAGGCAGGCAGCCAGAGGAUCCCCAAACUCACUAUAAAGGCCAGAGAGCACUGUUUGAAGCUCCUGGAGGAUGCACUCAGGGAAAACUUUCUCCAGUACUUCAGAGACAACCCUGCCAAGCAAGCUGCCAGUGAGUGGGAACCACAGUGUUGUGCAAUAGACGUGGAACAUGAAGUGUUCCGAGCCAGUCGUGUGGCUUCAACCUACAGGAUGGGUGCUCUUAAAAAGGUUAAUGAAAUCAAGAACACAACCAAGAAGGGGGACAUACACAGCUCCCUUGUACCUAACAACAGUUUAAGUUCUGCCAGCAAAACCACUGUUAAAGAAGAAGUAAACCAACAAGAAGAUGGCAGGAAGAACAGCUCAGAUUCUAAUCACCCAGCAGAAUUUACUUCUCUAUUGCAAACUGUAAAGGAAGAAAAGAAGUCGUCUUACAGCUGCAGCUUCCAAACUGCUUCCAGUCUGCUAAGAUCUCGCUUCAAGUCUGAAGACAUGGUUAAUCCCAAGACAGCGUUUAAGCCAAUGGCUCCUUCAAGUAGCGAAGUUUACCAGUCUUCAACAAGUCUACUAGAAUCAGACUCAAUGUACUCUCUAAGACAUUCAAGCAGUCUAGGGUUUCAGACUGCAUUAGACUUGAUGAAAAGCAAAACAACAGAUUCAAACAUUUCUACAACAGGCUUCACCACAGCUAGUAAUCUUCUGGAAAAGGAACGGCAAAAAUCAGCCUCUGAGUCUCUCACUGGGGGAUUUCAGUCCGCUGCAACACUUCUUAGAAGUCAGUAUUCAGUCCCUACAAGUGGUGAGACCUGUACUAACAGCACCUUGAAGAGGACAAGAUCCAAGACCAAGAGCACCUCUAAAGAUCGUAGAAGUGGAAAUUCUGGAAUGAAACAAGCUCCUAUUGUCAAGUACUUCUUUGAGACAAAUAGGUCAGAAGAUCCAAGACAAAAAAGAAGCUUGUCAACCCAGGAGGAGACUGCACCAGCAAAGAAACAAUGCAAACAAGCAGCAGCCCAGAGUACAGCUACACUAGGUACAUGUAGAAAUCCAUCACAAACUGUGAAAACACCAAACAAAACAAACAACAGCCAGAAUUCUGCCAGUAACCGUCCAACUAGAAACAACAGAUUAUCACACUUGCAGAACACAGGAAAAGAAAAAUCGGCCUCAAACGAUCAAUGUAGCCAAAGCUUGGACAAGUCUGCAGUAAGUAACGGGAAACCUCAACAUGACACACCAGACCUGAAUGAUGAGCUGAAGAAUGCUGCUGAUAUAGUGGUGAGGUACCUCACACCCUACUACAAGGACGGGAGAUUUGCAUCAAAGGACCUGUUCAAGGCAUUUGCCCGUGUGCUGUCACACAAGUUAAAGGAUGAUCCAAGAGUUAAUACAGACAAUGUGAAAGAGAGAGCGAAGGGUGCAAUCCGACAGUACUUCAAGUGUCACUCCAGCUGUUCCAGUGAGACUGAUCUGAAGGGCCUGGUGUGAUGCAGGUGUUGUACAUACAUUUCAGGGCUCAUAAUACCACCUGCAUAUUAUGCAGGUAAAAUUGAAGCUGUACCAGGUACUUCUGAUGUCCACCUGCAGCCAACCCACACUGGCCUAUGACAGAACCAGACUGUGAUGUUAGGGUGACAGUAGUAUCCCCAAAAUGCAUAAUCUUCAUAGUAGCAACCUUUAUUAGAGCAGGUUGCAAGAUCCAACCUGUUACUGCUCAGAACAUCUUGAAACAAUCUUGUCGAAUUUUUUUGCUAAAAGAGUGUUACAUGCACCAGUUGAGGCAUGCUGAGAGGGCAUGUCGGACAACUCUAGCACUCUCUGUUAGUGUUACAGUUUUUCCGUGCCUCUGUUGUAUUUGAAAGAAUUAAUGUCUAUUGCAAGAUAUGAACUGCUUGUAUACAUCUUCCAAGCAUUCACUCAUGUGCCAUCAAUGACUUUUGUUGCAAAAUAGAUACUAUUAUGAAACAUUAAUGCAAGUUAAUUUAAGACAGAAAACAUACAUGAUAUCUACUUUGAUUUGUUGCAUGAGAACUGAUUCUAAAGUCAGGUUUUGACUGUACGUGAUCACUAGAAGUGUUUAAUGUUUAGGAUUACAUGGUGUUGUUUGUCAUUACAGUUCUGAAGCUAUGCAUGUGCCAAAUGCUAGUGAAUGAGCCUACAGAGUAACACAUCUCACUCUGUGCUCUGUCAAGUUAACUGGAGGGUUUGUGGCAGAUGUAGCCAUUGUGUGAGUGGUCUACAUUAUAAGGGAAAUUGAGUUCCUAUCAUUUGCAGAUUGUCACUCUCUUGCAGGUACUUUUUGUAUAUGCUGUAAUGGCAAAUUCUUCUUUAAAAAGAUCUGUUAAUGCUGCUAUUAUAAAGACCCGACUCACAUCGAUCAAAAGUUAUGUUAUAUAUUGAACCUCUUUUGUACUUCAACAUGUAUCUCAUACCAGGUAUCUACCAUGGACCAAAUAGGAGCAUUAUUAGCAUUCAUAUGUAGCUAACUGAGAUGAUAUAAAAGAUACUGUAACUCUCCCUUGGACAAAAUAAUCCUUCCUUUACAACUUCCCUUUGCAAAGUGUUGGUAUAGAGCCAAGUAGUGUUGACUGUUUGAAAUAUUCUCCAUGUCUGUGCUUCAAUUGCUGCUACCAAGGACAUUAUAUAGCUGCUACAUACACGUGUAUGUGACGCCCUCAACCAAAACAAAAGAAGACAGUUAAUGAGCUGGAAAGCAGAACUGCUGAAAUGUUACGGAUGGGCAGAGGAUAUUUUCCUAUUAUAUAAUGAUAGCAAAGGAUACUCGUUGACAAGGAAAGUGCCUGAUGUUGAAAUGUUACCAGACAUGUGAAGGUCAGUUUCAGCUUCAUGUUUACAUCUAGGUGGACUCAAGUUACAUUGCACAUGAAAAUAUUACUGCUAACAAUAUAUAUAUUGUCUUUACAUCUAGACACAUUUCUUUAAAGUGUACUAGAAAACUGUCUUUGUCAUAAAACUGUCAAAGCCAAGCAAGAUUUUUUUUCAAUCUCACAUUAGAAUCAACAUUUAUGUCACAGAAACACUAGCAGGACAAGGAGAAGAUGUGUUUACACACACAGUAGGACAUUUUACAAAAUGUCCUUGGUUUGCAGAAUGUGAUGUUUGAAAGUUCCAUUCUGCAACAGGAAACUGAUAUAACAAAUUAAAGAAACACAGUACUCUGUUCAGAAGAAUAUUAAA